AUGCCGGGCCUCCAACCUGCCAGCUCGGGUAAACUUCUGUCCACCGACAGCAAGUCUCGCUAUGUUGACAGUGUCCUUCUUCAUGACAGAGAGGGCGGCCUGUGCGAAAUUUCCGAUUCCGACCAGGAUGUCAACCAUAACGAGGACACUGGAGCUGAUGAGAACACCCCUGAGUGUCUCCUGGGUCUCCUUGUAGCGCAAGCCAUUUCUGGGGCCAUACCUGGAAACACGCAAAGCAUGACCGGACAGCACCCCGGCUAUGAGGAGGCGACCAAGCUUUGGAAUGCGUACGUGCAAAAAGCAGAGCCUUUGUGUAAGGUUCCUCAUAUUCCGAGUGUCGCAAAAAUGGUUAGCACCGUUUCAAAACGACCCCCCCAUGGCCUCGAAGAGCGAGGAAUGCUUGCUUUUUGUCAUAUGCUAUCUCGCCGUGACCUCUACGUCGGACGCUGA